AUGUCGGCCGCCGUCCAGUGCGGUUGGCCGCAGUGUUCGUCGUCAUCGUCGUCAUCGCCACCACCGCCGCCGCCGUCGACGACGACGUCUCCCCUGGCCACACCGCCGUGGUGGCUCCAACAGUUGCAGCAGCAGCUGAUGAUGUGCAGCGGCAGCGGUGGCCACAGGAACACUACAGCUGCCCGCGGAUCUCCCGGACCGCCGCCUGCCUCUUCGGCCACAGCCGCCCAAGACCACCGAUCGGAUUAG